UUUGUAUAAAAUUAAAUAAAAAAUAAGUGUCCUUGAAGUGUUGGAUAUAAAAUAAAUUCAAAAAUAAUAAAAUUUUGAUAAAACAUAAAAAUAAUCUUAAAAAAUUAUUGGAUAAAAUGAAAAGAAGAAAAGAAUUUACAUAAAACAGUGGUGUUUAAGAAAAUCUUUAGCUUUACCUGGCCUGUCAAAGGUUUAGGAUUUUAAAAGAAAACAAGAACAAAAAAAGUAAUUUUUAACAAGAAAUACAAAUAAAAAGGAUAAAAACACAACAUUCCCUUUUAAUUUAUGGUUUGAAAAGCCUGUAUCUAAUAAAAAACAACAACAACUAAAAAAGCGGCCUUUAAUUGUUUGUAAAGAGAUGUAAAGAUAUUUUCUUAGAAGCGAGUUGUUGGACGAUCUUGAAAUUAAAACAAAUUUUUGUGCAAUUUUCUCUAUACACAAAACUUUAAAAAAGAUUAUUUGUUGAAGUUAAAAAAAAAAGUUGACAAAAUAUUUAAAUUGCAAAUGUGUUGUAAAUACCAAAAUAAUAAAUUAAGUGGUUUAUUUAAUUUGAUUAACAAUGGCUUCUCUGUGAGAAGUUAAUUAAUUCAACUUUGUGGAUUUUUUAUUUAACUUUUUUUGUUUUGUUUACAAAAGUAUUAAUAAAAAGUUUGUGAAAAAACAACAGAACUGCAAAUAAAAAUGGAAACAAUAGAGGAACAAUCAAAGAGUGAAAUGUCAAUUUCACCUCCUCCCUCACCGGAAAAUUUACGCAUUUGUCUGGUGGGUGAUGUGAUAAAUGAUGCGACGACUGUUGAAGCUGCCCAAACAUUUGGUGUUCCCAUCAUAACAUCGGAAACUGGUCUGGAACUUAUUAACGAUUGUGAUUGGCGAACAUAUUUUAUAUUAAAUGAUUUCGAGAGUCCUGUGUAUGAUGCCAUACAUAAAAGUAAACAAUGUAUAUUGGGUCCACCAGCUUUAAAACAGUCGGCCGCCAUGAAAGAUGGUCUUACGCACAAUGCUAGACCAAUUUAUAAUUAUUCCAUGCGUGGUGUGGUGACUUGCUUUACGGGCAUACGCAAAAAAGAUGAAUUGACAAAAUUAGUAAAUUUAAUACAUUCUAUGGGUGGCUGUAUACGCAAAGAUAUGAAUUCCAAAAUUACAAAUUUAAUUAGUACCCAUAGUGGUGGUGAUAAAUAUCAGUAUGCCAAAACAUUUCGCUUAACAGUAGUAAGACCUGCCUGGGUCUAUGCUGCCUGGGAACGUAAAAAUGAUAUUGAUUUCAAAGCCACAACGGAAGAGUUUUCCAAAGAUCAUCGUUUAAAAGCAUUCGAGGGACAGAAAAUAUGUUUCUUUGGCUUUCCCGUCGAUGAACAUCAACACAUGAUUGAUGUUUUGAAAAGUAAUGGCGGAGUGCCAGCAGAAUUAGACGAUCCCGAGUGUUCACAUGUUGUCAUGCCUAAUACGGGUGGUUACUUUUCAGAAACUCUUGCUAAUAACUCUAAUACUAAUACUAACAAUAAUAACAAUUCAAAAAUUCUUUCUAAUACUAAUCAAACUCCUCAGAAAACUAUUAACAAUAAUCCCUUAGAUACUAACGCCAUGGAAGUUGAUGAUGAAGAUGAAUUAGAAAAGAAUAAUGUUAAUGAAAUAACUAAUAAAAAUGAGCAGCAGAAUGAGGACGGCGACGAUGAUGAUGAUGAUCAUUUUGAUGAAAGACUAGUAGUGGAUUAUGAGGGCAAUUUGAAACAGGAUGCUAAUGAAGACGAUUUAGUAAAUGAUUUAAUUUUACCCUAUAACGAAGAGGACUUAGAUAGUUUAUGUACAAAACCUCAAGUUAUUGAUUCUCACGCCAGUACUCCCAAAUCUUCCAAGUCCUCUAAUAAAAAACUUAUACAACUACUUAACGAAGCUCCCAAAUUGGAUGGUAAAAUUUUAAACAAUGAAUCAACCAAUGAUUUUCAACAGAAUACCAAUAUAUCGCCCAUAUACGGUGGCCCAACUAUAACUUGUUUAAACAAUGAACAAAAGCCAGAGAGCAUGAACAAAAUGGAUAAUUGUGCUCCCUUAGAAAUGGAGGCCGAUGACGAUUUAGAUAACGAAGCCGACUUGGAAGAUGCUCAAUCGGAUUUAAAGCGUAAGCGUGAAAGUUUUGAUAGUGUCUCUUUAAUGUCGGUGGAAUCUUUCGUUUUGCCCACCAGCACUAAGAAACCCAAAUUGUUGCGCACUGGCUCCAUAACAAGAUCUAUUAAACGUUCCAUGAGUUUUGUGGCGGUACGCACACCCAUUGCCAAAAUGUUAAGACCAAGACGCAGUUCAGUAGCUCUUGAUUCAGCCCCUAAUGAUGACAAUACUGAAGAUAAUAAUGAAAAUGCCGAUGAUUCGAUAUGCUCUAUUGCCUCGGUGGAAACCACAUUUAACGAGUCCAUACGCAAACCUGUAAAAGAGAAAUUCCGCAGUUUAAGAAAUCGCAUAACACGCAGCAGUAGCCGCAAAGAGAAAUAUGUUUUAAAUGCUACCUCCAAAUCACCGGAAAAAGAUAGUGUCGAUUGUCUUAAUGAAAAAGAAGACUUUAAGACACCAAAGGCACCCUCUAAAUUUGCCAACGCUACAUGCUCAUCAGCACCACGCUCUCUUUUAAGAUGCAACUCAUCUGCCACCAAAUCUUCAACAUCUACAACUUCCAAUUUGUGUAAUAAAUCUCUUAAUUUAACCCUCAAUGAUUUACCCUCCUCCUCCUCUUCCUCGAAUUCUACUACUUGUCCUUCACAACUUCUAUCCAAUGUUAGUAAAAAUAUUGCUGAUGUAGCUUGUGUUAAUAAUACUGUUAUUAAAUCUUUUUCUACUACUACCACUACUUCUACCACUUCCUCUACUUCCACUUUUAUUGCUUGUACUAACCCAACAACUGCUUUACCCUCAAGUAACCAAUCAUUGCAAAUCACAAAUCAUCAUCAAUCAAAUGUCAAUCAUAAUAUGCUAAAUGUGGACAUGAUUUGUCCUGCUGUUAGUAAUAAUGAACUUGUUGCUGCAGCUGUUAAUACCAAUAGUGGUGCUCAUAUUCAAACGGUGGUCGAUGAACAUGCAACACAAGCUAAACCAGAACCCAAAAAUCAUCGUACUCACAUCUUAAAAUCUGAUUGGUUUUGGUAUACCAUACAAAAUGGUUAUGCCGAUGAAAUGGAUUAUCUGUUCGGAGAUUACCUUGAUAGUAUUGCUAAUACACCAAAUUGUGAUCGUCGUGAUUCCUUGCCCAUCAGUUUUAAUAAACGUAAACGUAAGCGUUUCUCACAACGUAUACAAUUGGAAGGUACACCGCUGGGUUCAGGCAAACGACGUUCAUCGGUCUCAGAUGCGGGUUUACUAUCGGUAUCGGGUAGUUUCUUUGAUUGUACCACAAGUCCGGAUAAAUUAGAAAGUGGUAAAUUAUUAACAGAACCCGAGACAUCGGUAUGCGAACAGACACCCACAAAGAAAUCGUCAAUGCGUUUUAAUCAUUUUAUGGAUUUCUAUAGUACAGAAUCGAAUUAUGUGGGAAUAUUGGACACGAUAGUGAAUCUCUUUAAAAACCCCCUUGAAGAAAUUGCGGAAACCAAUGAAGUCCUCCUAAACAAAUCCGAAAUUCGUGCUAUUUUUGGUAAUUUUAUACCCAUACAUGAGGUACAUCAAAGUAUGCUUGAACGUUUGCGUAGCAUACACAGUAAAUGGACGGAGGAUUGUUCAAUUGGUGAUAUAAUACUACAACAUCGUGAUGAUUUAAUAAAAGCCUACCCACCUUAUGUGAAUUUCUUUGAACAAAUGAAAGAAACCCUUCAACACUGUGAUACACAAAAUCCACGUUUCCAUGCAUUUCUUAAGAUAAAUCAAACAAAACCGGAAUGUGGACGACAAAGUCUGCAAGAUUUAAUGAUAAGACCAGUGCAGCGAUUACCCAGUAUCAGUUUAUUAUUGAAUGACAUAUUAAAACAUACGAAUAAAAGUAAUCCUGAUUAUGCAAGAUUGGAGGAGGCUCUAAAGGCCAUCAAAGAGGUGAUGAUGCAUAUAAAUGAGGAUAAAAGAAAGACAGAAUCACGUAUGGCCAUAUUUGAUAUAUUCAAUGAUAUUGAAGGAUGUCCGGCCCACUUAGUGUCUUCCAACCGUAAUUUCAUUUCCCGCUGUGAAGUCACCGAAUUGACGGAUAAUCUUAGUGGCCGUGGUGAUAAUUUAAUGUUGUACUUAUUCUCCGACACCAUUGAGGUGUGUAAGAAGCGCUCAAGAGGUUUUAAUAGCGCCAAAUCGCCCAGCACGAAUAAAUCAUUUAAGCACAUUAAAUUAAUAUCCUUAAAUGCCAUACGUUUUGUUAUUGACAUAACCGAUAGUCCACGUGCGUUUGCAUUACUUUGUCGCCAGGAUAAAGAUAAAUUGCAUUCAUUUACCAUAAGUGAUGAGGAGAUUGACAAAGUUGUCUAUUUGAAAACGUUGUGCAAACAAAUGGCGGAAAAUGCCUGCCGUACUGAUACUGAUAAAGCUUUACUAUGUCGUACUUCUCAAGAAUUGGAAGUGGAUAUUAGUGAUGUGAAUUUAAGUACAUUAUCAAAAGCCUUUAAAUUGGCGGCACGUACUCGUUUAAAGGUCGGGCGCGCAUUUUCAUUCAACAAAACCCCUUCGAAAUUAAAACGCGCUGUUUCCACCAUGAUGACAUCACCGUUUGGUAGCACCAAUUCUUUAACACCUGCCUCACAAUUAGCCCAAAUGCGUUUGGCUAGUUGUACGAAUAUACAUGAAGUUGUUGAUGAAGAAAGUUCUGGCUUGCGCAGCAGUUCACCUUCAGCACAGUCAGAAGUAUUACCUCCACUAUCGGUGCAGCCGACACGUAAAAAUAAAUCAUGUACAUUAAAUAGUGUGGGACGUAUUUAAAGGUAAAAAUAACCCAGAACAACAACAAACAGCAGUCAUCGUUAGACAAACAUUGUCUGCAACUUAAAUACUCCUUUUUUAGUAUUUUCAAUUAUAUGAAAAUAUAAGUUACAUUUAGCAUUAUUAUAAUUAAAAUUAUUAUUAUUAUUAUAUAAAACAUCAUUAUCAUCAUGAUCAACUCUCAUUGGCGUCCUAGUGUCAUUUACUGUAAAGACACUUUAAACUAUAUUAACAAAAAAAUAGAAGAAAGAAAGAAACUUAACGUUUAAUAUAAACUUUACUGUUUUAACAUUUUUCACUUACAAAAAGUACACAUUUAGAAUUAAAAAUUUCUUAAUAAUUAAUUAAUUUUUUUUAGUUUGGAAAAUAACACAAAUUUUUAAAGUAUUUAAAAUACUAAAAUAUCGUAAUUUCUAUUUACGGUAAACGAAAUGAAAAUGAAAACAUAAUAAAAGACUUGCUUUUAAAUGGUCUUUGUUUUUAUGAUAAAUAGUGCAUAAUUUGAAUUUAAUUUUAAAGAAUUUUGUAAGGACUCUCUUUAGUUGUUUUUUAAACUUAAAUAUAUAUAUUAAAAUAUAUUUUUGAUUACUAACUUAAACGCUUAAGUGAUUUUUGUAAUUUUAAUUUUGUAUAAGUCGCCUAAAACUAUUUAAAUUGUUGUCACAACUUUUUAUUUUAAAAUAAUUCUAUGCUAUAGAAACAAAAAAAAAAAAAAAAAAAAAAAAAAAAACAAAAAGAACAACUACACUCCAUGCUUAUAAUUUAAGUCUGCAAAAAAAUAAGAAAAAGAAACCUACU